AUGGAUCGGAACCCGAAGGUUGAUCACAUCAUCGGUGGAAAGUUUAAGUUGGGUAGGAAACUCGGUAGUGGAUCGUUCGGUGAACUUUAUUUAGGGAUCAAUAUCCAAACUGGAGAAGAAGUCGCAGUUAAGCUGGAACCUGUGAAGGCGAGGCAUCCUCAACUGCAGUAUGAAUCGAAAAUAUAUAUGUUUCUUCAAGGCGGAACGGGUGUUCCCCAUCUCAAAUGGUUCGGAGUGGAGGGUGAAUACAGUUGCAUGGUUAUUGACCUUCUUGGACCCAGCUUGGAGGACUUAUUCAAUUACUGCAAUCGGAAGUUUUCGUUGAAAUCUGUUUUAAUGCUUGCAGAUCAGUUGAUAUGCAGAGUUGAGUACAUGCAUUCGCGUGGUUUUCUUCACCGCGAUAUUAAACCGGACAACUUUUUGAUGGGUCUUGGGCGCAAAGCAAACCAGGUGUAUAUCAUUGAUUAUGGCCUUGCUAAAAAAUACAAAGAUCUUCAGACACAAAAGCAUAUACCAUACAAGGAAAACAAGAAUCUUACAGGAACUGCUCGGUAUGCAAGUGUGAACACGCACCUUGGGAUUGAGCAAAGUAGAAGAGAUGAUCUGGAGUCACUUGGUUAUGUGUUGAUGUAUUUUCUACGAGGAAGUCUUCCGUGGCAAGGUUUAAAAGCUGGUACGAAGAAGCAGAAGUAUGACAAGAUUAGUGAAAAGAAGAUGCUUACUUCUGUAGAGGUUCUUUGCAAGUCCCAACCAUCAGAAUUCACCUCGUAUUUCCAUUACUGUCGAUCAUUGAGAUUUGAGGACAAACCAGAUUAUUCAUAUCUGAGAAGACUUUUCAGGGACCUUUUCAUUCGUGAAGGUUAUCAGCUCGACUACGUGUUUGAUUGGACAAUCUUGAAAUAUCCUCAGAGUGGCUCUAGCUCGAGACCAAGGCCAACUCCAAGACCAGCCUUGGACCCUCCUGGACCACCUGCAGAAAGAGCUGAAAAGCCUACAGUUGGGCAGGACCUCCGAGAAAGAUUUUCAGGCGCAAUCGAGGCCUUCACCAGAAGAAAUGUUUCAAGCCGAGGCAUUCAUGGUGAUCGCUCUUCUGCCAAAGAAGUGUUGCAGCAAGAGUUUGAUAGAUACCGUUCUUCGUCACGAAAUGGAAGUACUUCAAAGAGAGGUGUGAUAUCUAGCAGCAGACCUGGCUCAUCAGCUGAACCAAGCGAAAACCGUUCAAGCCGACUAUUUUCAAGUGGAUCACGUCUCGCCACACCUCAACGGGUUCAACAGAGCUAUGAAUCCAAGCCAUCAUCUGCAGCUGUAAGGUCCGGGCAUGAUGAUGCCAUGCGAAACUUCGAGCUCCUUACCAUCGGCUCUGGGAAGAAGAGGAAAUGA